GGAGCAUAAUAUUUGGAGAAAGGCAAAAUACUCGUAACCCAGUAACCAUCAAAGGCAAAGAAGAGGCAAAGUGGUUUCUCUAUUUCUCCCCCACCAAUAAUCAUAAAAAAUAAUAAUAUCAGGUCUGCUGGUAGAUAUGUUUCAUAAAAAAAUAAUUUGUUAAUUGUUGAAGGGUUUUAGUUCUGCAAUUUGAUGGGUUUUUGAUCUCUUGUUGUUUUGAAUUUUGGGGCUUUUUUGUUUCAGGGGUGUGCUGAAAUUUGCUUAAAUUUGAGUUUUUGAUGGAUUCUUAGAUGGAAGGAAUUGAUUUUUGAGGUAUUUGAUCAGUUUUGGGUGUUGAAUUGUUAAUAUGGAAGAAGAUAAGGCAGCUUUCAACAUUAGUGAAGAAGAGACUAUUUGUUCAGUGGAAACUGUACAAGUGAGAGGUGAGGGAAGCAAUGGGAAAGUGGUAUUUUCAAGAGAAGCUCCACUUGUACAUAAUAAGGACUUAAUAGCAGGAGGCUGUAGUUGUGGAGUCAAUAAGAUUAAAUCAAGGCUAGAAAAUUCUGAUUCAGAAAAUGAGAAACUGGGUCCUGAAAAAAAGCUUAGCAGACAAGAUAGGAUUGAGUUGGGGCGAUUGUUCCAGGGUGCUGUGAGCGGCCAUGAUUGGGAGCUGGCAGAGAGUUUGAUCCUACUCGCUGAUCCCCAAACUCUGAAUGAUGCUUUAUGCAUUGCUUUGGAUUCAAUCUGGUUUCUAACUAGUCAAGAGGAGUUGCAUGGGAUAACGGGUUUGAUUAAGAUGAUUAUUGGUAAUGGUGCAUAUGACUUCACUCGGGCUGUCCUAAGGACUUCAUUUCUUGCUUCUUGUGUUUCUGCGUGCCAGAGUCAAACAAUGAGCCUUGCAAAUACUGUCACUGUAAUGGCACAAAGCAGGUUGCAUGAACGACUGCAAGAAUGCAAUGGAGAUGAAGUUUUGAAGGUUGAAGCUGGUGCUAAGGUUCAGAAGUUCACUGAAUGGGCUCUUAAAUGUAUAGGUUACCAUUCCCGCUGCCAAGGAAAGAGGUAUAGGGUUGGGCAUAACUCUGCCAUUGAAAUACAACUGCAGUUAUCAGCUUUCAAAACAUUUCUGGAUCUUGCUGGGAACCACCUUACUGGAAAGGACUUCACAGAAGCAUUUGAUGCAGCUUGCUUUCCGCUUACACUCUUCUCUAGUUCAUUUGAUACUGGCUGGGCAUCAGGAGUUUCAGCUACUGCAAUUCAAGGAUUGCUCGGCAUGUUGGUGGAAGGGGGUGCGGACAAUGUCAAUCAGUGCUUUCUUGAAGCAUCGCGUUUUGGGAGCACAGAGCUGGUCCGCAUUCUUUUGCAGAUUGCUCAAAGGAACAGCUUGGAUGUUGAUGUUGACCUGGCUUUGGGAUUUGCUUCCCAUUAUGGUAAAAUCGGAACUAUGGAAUGUUUGGUGGAAGAGGGGAAUGCAAUGGCUUUCUUGGGCCCUCUGAUGAGAGCUGCUGAGAGGGGAUCCCUGCAGGUUGUCGAGUGGUUCGUCAAAAGGGGAUGCAGAGACAUGGAACUAUGUCUAGCCCUCACAGCUGCGACCUCCAGUUGUCAGGUUGAAGUUGCUGCAUAUCUCCUUCCGCACGUUCCGCAGCAUAUUCUUGCUGCCCUCAGCAUCGAGAUUCUUAAGGCUGCUGGUGAAAGAAGCGGCGGGUCUCUUGAUGGGGUAGCGUUUCUUCUGCGUUCAGACUUCCUUGGUGACCCUGUUGCUACUUAUGCUGUUGCCGACAGUAUUGCUAAAUCUGAUGAUGAUGAUGAUGCUGUGACUCCCAAUCUUAAGAGUUUCCUUCAGGAACAUUGGUCGGAAGCUGCUUUCUUUGAUGGGCUUAGGCAAGGACAAGAACACUACUUAAACCUUGUGCGUAUUGUGAAAUGGGGUGAAUCUCCCAUCUGUCUGAAGGAUCUUCCUGGGCCCUUGAGGGUAGCAAUAGCAUACCUGCCACUGUAUAGAGAAAGUGUUAAGGCAGGGGGCUAUCUGCUACCUCAAAAACUUAGGGGACAGCUCGUGGAAGCAGCCAAAAGGCUUGGCGGCGUAAUACUGGACGAGGCAAACCAAGGGAAAGAACUAUUGGCUGUCUUAGAGCAUCAUCUUCCUCCUUUUUUGCUAAAUGGAUCUUAUAAUUAGCAUCAUACUACACAUUCUAAGUUUUGAAAAUUUCACAUCUCCCCUUUCUCUCUCUCUCCCGUCACAAAGUAUAAUAACACAAAUAGUUGGGUUGGAAAAAAGGAAGAAGCCUCCAUAGUUGGUCAAUUUUCUUAUUGAACAUGUAGGUAGAACUUUGUUGGCUUAGUUAUAUAUCUGCGCGGAAUUCUGAAAAAUGCUUCCUUGAAUGUGUAUGUUGAUGAUAUGUAAGCAGAGGGAACCAUAUUCAGAAGGGUUGGUAACUCAAAUGGGCAUUAUAUAUUAGUUAGUUCC